GCUGCUGUUUGGAGUGGACUGUCACCUCCUGCUCUGCACUGCUGUCCCUGCUGCUGCUGCUGUCGGCUUAGCAAGGAGAUGAGCUUCUUGUUUGGCAGUCGCUCUUCAAAGACAUUCAAGCCAAAAAAGAGUCUUCCAGAGGGCUCCCAUCAGUAUGAACUACUGAAACAUGCCGAGGCCACACUGGGCAGUGGAAACCUACGUAUGGCUGUCAUGCUUCCUGAGGGGGAAGACCUCAACGAGUGGGUUGCUGUAAACACUGUGGACUUUUUUAACCAGAUAAACAUGUUGUAUGGAACUAUAACAGAUUUUUGUACUGAGGAGAGCUGUCCAGUAAUGUCUGCUGGCCCAAAGUAUGAGUACCACUGGGCAGAUGGAACCAAUAUAAAGAAGCCCAUUAAGUGUUCUGCUCCUAAGUACAUUGAUUACCUGAUGACAUGGGUACAGGACCAGCUUGAUGAUGAAACCCUCUUUCCCUCUAAAAUAGGUGUUCCUUUUCCAAAGAACUUUAUGUCUGUAGCAAAGACGAUCUUAAAGCGUCUCUUCCGAGUCUAUGCUCACAUUUACCACCAGCACUUUGAUUCAGUGAUCCAGCUCCAAGAGGAGGCUCAUCUGAACACUUCUUUUAAGCACUUUAUUUUUUUUGUUCAGGAAUUCAACUUGAUAGACAGGCGAGAACAAGCUCCACUGCAAGAAUUAAUCGAAAAGCUGACCUCUAAGGACAGAUAAGAUAAGCAGCCGAAUGAGCACCUUUCUUUCAAGCAAGCUUUGUUUUCUGAACCGUGUUGCAUUCAGAGCAGCCAAAAUCUAUUUUUUGUGUGCUUAUGCUGAGGGAAUAUGAUGUAGGCAUUUUCUCACCUUCCCGUGAUUCCAAUUGAUUGUGUGUUGUACAUAAGGUGUUCUUGGAGGCAAGAAGAGGUGUAGAUACUUCAGAACCUUAACCCCUAUACAUGCAUUGUCAUUCCUUCCUGUCGUGAAGGAAUCUGAGAAUAUAAUAUGUGCCUAAAUUA